AUUCGAGUGAAGAAUGCCCUGCCGGGAGGAACAUAAUGUCCGCCUCCGUGUUCAACCCUGACGAGAGCACCGUCGACACCUACAGCAAAUUUUCCACGUGCAGCGUCAAUCAAUUCAUCGGUCACUUGAAACGACAAAACGACUGCAUCGCGGACAAUGGCUUCACAGAUGAGCAAUUCAAAAACUCGUUUUGCAGCGGCCUGCUGGGUCAGCGAGAGAACAGUCUUGGCCUUCAGUGUCAGAAGCGAACUGGCUAUACCAAAAGUACCGUGUGCCAAGAGACGACGAUCAGCGGCGACGUGGGCUGUUAUGGACAUGGUCAGGUGUUCUGUGCAAAUGAAUACGGCUCGUGCGUAGAACUCGCAUUUGUAUGGAAUGGAACCCCUUGCGGCGACGGAAAGAUGUGCUUUAAAGGAAGAUGCGUGUCUGACUUCGACAUCUGCAAAACAAAAACCACUAAGCCAACAACAACCACUAGGCCCACACCUACGACCACUAAGACCAAACCUACAACGACAAGGCCCACAACAACAAGACCUGAGGAAGAACCAAAUGAAGAUUAUGAAACCACAUAUGAUCCUGAAUGGAAGCGUUUAGAACUCGCAUCGCCCGUCUUUCCAUCUGUUGCUCCGUCCGUCUUUUCGUUUUGCACAACACUCUUAUCAGUAUUUUUGGAGUUAUUGUUCUUUGCUCUUUUUUAUAUUACCUUUUAGCUCACCUGAGUAUAACGUUCCUGAUACAUCAACCGGAAUCUACCAAGCUUUCAUAAAUGUAAUUAUGUAAUCUUGAACGCUCUAAACACACCCAUUUCACUUGACCUCAUUUUGACAUUAACCUUGACCAACUUUAGGACUUAUUCAAACGAGCCCUUGACUCAAUACUGACAGAUUGUAUGGUUGCAUAUGCGUUUAUUGGACGCAUCACCUCUUUUUAACCAGGUUUUCCGAAUGAAAAAACUGGUUAUUAGAUUGGCGAAUGCGGGCGGGCUGGC